AUGGACGCCGCCGCCGCCUCGCCUCUCAAGAGACGCGCCCCGCUCGCGGCGCUCGACGUGAACGUGAUGCCGUCGUCGCCCCGGACGGCAGGCGGCAAGGACGCCGUCCUCUCCCCGGCUUUCAAGCGGGAUCCCGGGAGUGACGACGACGGCGGCUCGCCGCCCGCGGGGACCAAGCGGCAGGCCGACGCCGAAGGCAUGGACGUGAGCCCGGCGGCCAAGAAGGCGUGUCUGGGGCGGGACGAGCCGCGGUCCCGGUCGCACAGCCCCGACACCAGCUCCGUCUUCGACACCUCGGUUGCCGACGCCUCGUGGGCCACCAUGACGACGACAACCACGGAGCCCGACCUUCUGGACAGGGCCGCCCCGCCCGCCCGGCGCUUGACGAGGGAGCAGGCGAGAGAGAAGGUCGAGAUUCUGCGUCUGCGCCUUGGUCUCGCCAGCUAUAAGCUCCGCACGGGCCAGACGACCGUCCCGCUUGCCGACCUGCAGCCCCGGCCGCUUCCGCCGCGCCGGACGGUCCGUGUGCAAAGUCCUCCCACGCCGUCUCAAGACUCGUCUUCGUCGUCGUUGUCGAUACCCCAGCAACAACGUCGUCCUUCAUCACAACUACAGCAACUGCAACACGACCCCCAACAGCACCAACCCUCUCUAGACGCUGCCCCGACGGCCACCACUAUGUCCAGGCACGACGAGGACGGCAGUGCCGGCGGAGAGCAGCACCAGCCCCAGCACCGGGCCCUAAACAGCAGCGCCUUCAUCGGGGGGGGCGCAGCGAGUGGACUGCUGAGCCUAGCGAGGGGCUGCGAGAUGAGAUAG